GCGGGGCAUGCUGCCCAGAGCCAGGCUUUAAAUCCCCUCGAGGCUGGGGCGCUCCACUCCCUGGCUGGAGGCUCCACGUCCCCUCUCGUCCUCCCCUCUGUCGUUCCCCGCGUCCUCAGCCGGCCCGCCCUCCCGCAGCCAUGUCCCGGCCCCUGUCCGACCAGGACAAGAGGAAACAAAUCAGCGUGCGCGGCCUGGCCGGCGUGGAGAAUGUGAGCGACCUGAAAAAGAACUUCAACCGCCACUUGCAUUUCACGCUCGUGAAGGACCGCAACGUGGCCACGCCGCGGGACUACUACUUUGCGCUGGCCCACACCGUGCGUGACCACCUCGUAGGCCGCUGGAUCCGCACGCAGCAGCACUACUACGAGAAGGACCCCAAGAGAAUCUACUACUUGUCUUUGGAGUUCUACAUGGGACGGACGUUACAGAACACCAUGGUCAAUCUGGGCUUGGAGAAUGCCUGUGACGAGGCCACCUACCAGCUGGGCCUGGACAUGGAGGAACUGGAGGAAAUUGAGGAGGAUGCAGGGCUGGGCAAUGGAGGCCUGGGCCGGCUGGCGGCCUGCUUUCUGGACUCCAUGGCAACGCUGGGCUUGGCCGCCUAUGGCUACGGAAUUCGCUACGAGUUUGGGAUUUUCAACCAGAAGAUCUGCGGGGGCUGGCAGAUGGAAGAGGCCGAUGACUGGCUUCGCUAUGGCAACCCCUGGGAGAAGGCCCGGCCCGAGUUCACGCUGCCUGUGCACUUCUAUGGCCGAGUGGAGCACACCAGCCAGGGGGCCAAGUGGGUGGACACACAGGUGGUACUGGCCAUGCCCUACGACACGCCCGUGCCUGGCUAUCGCAACAACAUCGUCAACACCAUGCGCCUCUGGUCUGCCAAGGCACCCAAUGACUUCAACCUCAAGGACUUCAACGUCGGGGGCUACAUCCAGGCCGUGCUGGACCGCAACCUGGCAGAGAAUAUCUCACGUGUCCUGUACCCCAACGACAAUUUCUUCGAGGGGAAGGAGCUGCGGCUGAAACAGGAGUACUUCGUGGUGGCGGCCACCCUCCAGGACAUCAUCCGUCGCUUCAAGUCCUCCAAGUUCGGCUGCCGCGAUCCCGUGCGCACAAACUUCGAUGCCUUCCCAGAUAAGGUGGCCAUCCAGCUCAAUGACACCCAUCCCUCCUUGGCCAUCCCCGAGCUGAUGAGGAUCCUGGUAGACCAGGAGCGACUGGACUGGGACAAGGCGUGGGAGGUGACAGUGAGGACCUGCGCCUACACCAACCACACGGUGCUGCCCGAGGCCCUGGAGCGCUGGCCCGUGCAGCUCAUGGAGACGCUGCUGCCGCGGCACCUUCAGAUCGUCUACGAGAUCAACCAGCGCUUCCUGAACCGCGUGGCGGCCGCAUUCCCGGGGGACGUGGACCGGCUGCGGCGCAUGUCGCUGGUGGAGGAGGGCGCGGUAAAGCGCAUCAACAUGGCACACUUGUGCAUCGCGGGGUCGCACGCCGUCAACGGCGUGGCUCGCAUCCACUCCGAGAUCCUCAAGACCCGCAGCUUCAAGGACUUCUACGAGCUGGAGCCUCAUAAGUUCCAGAAUAAGACCAAUGGCAUCACGCCUCGGCGCUGGCUGGUUCUGUGUAACCCCGGGCUGGCAGAGGUCAUUGCUGAGAGGAUCGGUGAGGAUUACAUCUCAGACCUGGACCAGCUGCGAAAGCUGCUCUCUUUUGUGGACGACGAGGCCUUUAUCCGGGACGUGGCCAAAGUGAAGCAGGAAAACAAAUUGAAGUUUGCUGCCUACCUGGAGCGGGAAUACAAAGUCCACAUCAACCCCAACUCGCUCUUUGACAUCCAGGUGAAGCGGAUUCACGAAUAUAAACGACAGCUCCUCAACUGUCUCCACAUCAUCACCCUGUACAACCGCAUCAAGAGGGAGCCCAACAAGUUUUUGGUGCCUCGGACGGUGAUGAUUGGAGGAAAGGCCGCCCCUGGAUACCACAUGGCCAAGAUGAUUAUCAAGCUCGUCACGGCCAUCGGGGAUGUGGUCAACCACGACCCCGCCGUGGGGGACCGCCUUCGUGUGAUCUUCCUGGAGAACUACCGAGUCUCACUGGCCGAGAAAGUGAUCCCGGCUGCAGACCUCUCCGAGCAGAUCUCUACCGCGGGCACCGAGGCCUCAGGCACCGGCAACAUGAAGUUCAUGCUCAACGGGGCUCUGACCAUCGGCACCAUGGACGGGGCCAACGUGGAGAUGGCAGAAGAGGCGGGGGAGGAGAACUUCUUCAUCUUUGGCAUGCGGGUGGAGGACGUGGAGAAGCUUGACCAGAGAGGGUACAACGCCCAGGAGUACUACGACCGCAUUCCUGAGCUCCGGCAGAUCAUUGAGCAGCUGAGCAGUGGCUUCUUCUCCCCCAAACAGCCCGACCUGUUCAAGGACAUUGUCAACAUGCUCAUGCACCAUGACCGGUUUAAGGUAUUUGCAGACUACGAAGACUACAUUAAAUGCCAGGAGAAAGUCAGUGCCUUGUACAAGAACCCGCGGGAGUGGACGCGGAUGGUGAUCCGGAACAUAGCCACUUCUGGCAAGUUCUCCAGCGACCGCACCAUCGCCCAGUACGCGCGCGAGAUCUGGGGCGUGGAGCCUUCCCGCCAGCGCCUGCCGGCCCCCGACGAGAAGAUUUGAGCCUCCAGGCCAGACCCCAGACCGGCCCUCGUCUCGAAGUCCCUUGGGGCAGCCCCAGCUCCUCGUGCCGAGGGCGGGGCACUGGAGUUCCAUCUCCGGCCCCUCCCAGAACCCCCCCACCCCCCGGCUUCGAGGUCCCAGCGUCCCGUAUGACUAAGGACACCGGUCCUUUUCUGUCCUCGGGCUCCCCGUCCCCUCCUCUUCUUGGGGUCUGACCAACUGCACCCACUCCCCAGUAAAUGGAGUCUCCUCGGG